ACAGAUUUAAAAUGAGCAUCACGGAUAUUCUAAGCCCUUCUGAUAUUGCUGCUGCUCUGCGGGACUGCCAAGCUCCAGAUUCCUUUAGUCCCAAAAAAUUCUUUCAGAUCAGUGGGAUGUCUAAAAAGAGUAGUAGUCAACUCAAGGAGAUCUUCCGGAUCCUCGACAAUGAUCAAAGUGGCUUUAUUGAGGAAGAUGAGCUCAAGUAUUUUCUUCAGAGGUUUGAAUGUGGAGCCAGGGUGUUGACCACUUCAGAAACUAAGACCCUCCUGGCAGCUGCAGAUCAUGAUGGGGAUGGUAAAAUUGGGGCUGAAGAAUUCCAGGAACUGGUGCAGUCUUAG